CUGCAGGUCGGCGCGCGGCGCACCUGGACCCGGGACUGCGCCUCCCGAGCGCGGCGGGCCCGGCUGCGCUCCGGGGCUCCCGCCUCCCUCCCUGCCCGAGCCGCUCGGGGCCGCGCGGAGCCCCGCUCCCCGCAGGGGCGGCUGCGGCAUCGGCUUGGGACAACCUCGGCAGGGAAGGCAGACAAAGUUAUUUCCCCUUCCCAAGCAGAAAGGUUCCGAUUGGCAAGAUGGUGCCCAACUGUCCCCGCGCGCUCUUCCUCCUGCUGCUUUUCCUCGCCUGCCCCGAAUCGCGGGCUUCCCAGAACUGUCUCAACAAGCAGCAGCUCCUCUCGGCCAUCCGCCAGCUGCAGCAGCUGCUAAAGGGCCAGGAGACACGCUUCGCCGAGGGCGUCCGUCACAUGAAGAGCCGGCUGGUGGCGCUGCAGAGCUCUGUGAGCAGAGCGGGCCCGGACACGCCCCCAGUUUCCUGCCCUGCUCUGAGCACCCCUCCGGAUGGCAGAAAGUUUGGGAGCAAGUACUUAGUGGAUCACGAAGUCCAUUUUACCUGCAACGCUGGCUUCCGGCUGGUUGGGCCCAGCAGCGUGGUGUGUCUUCCCAACGGCACCUGGACGGGAGAGCAGCCCCGCUGUAGAGAUAUCAGCGAAUGCUCCAGCCAGCCUUGUCAGAAUGGUGGCACAUGUGUGGAAGGUGUCAACCAGUACAAAUGCAUUUGUCCUCCGGGAAGGACGGGGAGCCGCUGUCAGCAUCAGGCCCAGACUGUCGCCCUCGAGAGCAGCGAGGCGGGGGACCCCGCCUUCAGCCGCGCGCCUCGAUGCGCGCAGGUGGAGAGGACGCAGCACUGCAGCUGCGAGGCCGGAUUCCACCUGAGCGGCGCCGCCGGCGACAGCGUCUGCCAGGAUGUGAAUGAAUGCGAGCUCUACGGACAGGAGGGGCGCUCCCGGCUCUGCAUGCACGCCUGCGUGAACACCCCCGGCUCCUACCGCUGUGCCUGCCCCAGCGGAUACCGUACCCUGGCCGAUGGCAAGAGCUGUGAGGAUGUCGAUGAGUGUGUGAGCCCGCAGCACGUGUGCCCCCGGGGUACCGUGUGCGUCAACACGGGUGGAGGCUUCCAGUGCGUCAGCCCCGAGUGCCCCGAGGGCAGCGGCAACGUGAGCUACGUGAAGACCUCUCCGUUCCAGUGUGAACGGAACCCCUGCCCCAUGGACAGCAGGCCCUGCCGCCACAUGCCCAAGACCAUCUCCUUCCAUUACCUCUCCCUGCCCUCCAACCUGAAGACGCCCAUCACGCUCUUCCGCAUGGCCACGGCCUCGGCCCCCGGCCGGCCUGGACCCAACAGCCUGCGAUUUGGGAUCGUGGGUGAGAACAGCCGCGGCCACUUUGUAAUGCAGCGCUCCGACCGCCAGACAGGGGAGCUGAUCCUGGUCCAGACCCUGGAGGGACCUCAGACACUGGAGGUGGAUGUUGACAUGUCCGAAUACCUGGACCGCUCCUUCCAGGCCAACCACGUGUCCAAGGUCACCAUCUUUGUGUCCCCUUAUGACUUCUGAGGGUGCCAUGGGGUCACGGUGUGCAGCAAUCUGGGUCAUUUCUCUUCCUCAAAGACUCGGCUGCAGGCGUUGACUGCGACAGACAUCUCCCCCCACCCUGCCCACCGCCCAUCUGCCUGUCCCCCACGUUCCUAGGGCAGCGCUGCACUCUGUCCCAGGAAGUGGCACCAAAGUGCAGCCCCAAAACCCAAACUACUGCCAUCACGCGUUUUUCUGCUUUAAGGCCCUCCCCCUAGAUUAUGCACCUUCGCAAAUUUUUUUUUUUUCUUUUAGAGAGGAAUGGGCAGCUUUUCAAAACGCUGUGUUGAGUGGCAUUGUGAGCUUGAACUAGCUAGGGAGGGAAGAGCUUACGGCAUGUGUCUGAGAUGACUGUCCAGCCUCCGGUAUUGUUAUAGUCAAGCCUUGUUAUGAAGUAGUUCUGGUCGUGCUGAGGGUCAAAUCAUGCCCCUGUGCAUGCGGCGUGAGAUGGGGGGGCAGGGUUCCCUUCCACGACCCAGCACGUUCUUGUCUGCAUUCCCCUCUGUGACACGCCUGCCAGCCUUCUCAUCAGAGGGCCGUGGCAGGGCCUGGGCCCCAGUGCAGAUUCAUCCAGAUCAAGGAACCGAUGUUCACGUGUAGAUUUUGCCUGAAUUAAUUCCCUUUUGAGAAAUCAUAUCUCAAAACAUAACCUGCUAUUAUAACUGAAGAAAUAAAGUCUGUGGCUCCUCCCUGCCCACCUGGCCUGUCCCCGACCGUGAGCUAGCCCAGUUCCUCCUAGGAGGGGGUACCUGGUCCUCUUCCUGUCUAGGCGGGACCCACUGGGAUAAAUGAAUAAGAAAACACAGAGGUGACGCUGGGAUUGCCCCAUGAAUAGAAAUUUGGUUUGGCCACAUGGGAGAUUGAUAAGGCAACAUCUGGCCGUGGAGAGUUUGAGAAAAUGCUUGUGAGUUGCC